GGGUCCCCGCGUCGCCGGCCCAGGGUCUGCGGAUCUGAGGCCUCACGCCCGUUCCCCUCCCCCCGCGGCCCCUCCCGGGCCCCGCACCCUCGCGCCCCGGCUGCCGCCCAGCGCCCCGCACCGCCCUCAGGGGGGCCCUCGCGGGCUGCCCCCGGCCGGGAUGCCGGUGCCUCGCGCCCCACGCGCCUGCUCUGGCGCACCCAGCCCUGCAGCCUGUCCGCAGCGCCUUUAUACCCAGCGGGCUGGGCGCUCACUAAUGUUUAACUCGGGGCAGUGACUUGCCAGCGGCAAGGGACUCCGCCGCCCGAGGUGACUUCUGCCUGCACUCGUUCUCCGAACGCUCACUUCCGAGGAGACGCCGACGAUGAAGACGCCGUGGAAGGUUCUCCUGGGACUGCUGGGUGCUGCUGCGCUUGUCACCAUCAUCACUGUGCCCGUGGUUCUGCUGAACAAAGGCACAGAUGAUGCUACAGCUGACGGUCGCAAAACUUACACUCUAACUGAUUACUUAAAAAAUACUUACAGACUGAAGUUAUAUUCCUUACGAUGGAUUUCAGAUCAUGAAUAUCUCUACAAACAAGAAAACAAUGUCUUGCUAUUCAAUGCUGAAUAUGGAAACAGCUCAGUUUUCUUGGAGAAUAGUACAUUUGAUGAGUUUGGACAUUCUAUAAAUGAUUAUUCAGUAUCUCCUGAUGGGGAGUUUAUUCUUUUAGAAUACAACUAUGUGAAGCAAUGGAGGCAUUCCUACACAGCUUCAUAUGACAUUUAUGAUUUAAAAAAAAGGCAGCUGAUUAGAGAAGAGAGGAUUCCAAACGACACACAGUGGAUCACAUGGUCACCAAUGGGUCAUAAAUUGGCAUAUGUUUGGAACAAUGACAUUUAUGUUAAAAUUGAACCAAAUUUACCAAGUCACAGAAUCACAUGGACUGGGAAAGAAGAUAUAAUAUAUAAUGGAAUAACUGACUGGGUUUAUGAAGAGGAAGUCUUCAGUGCCUACUCUGCUCUGUGGUGGUCUCCAAACGGCACUUUUUUAGCAUAUGCCCAAUUUAACGACACAGAAGUCCCACUUAUUGAAUACUCCUUCUACUCUGAUGAGUCACUGCAGUAUCCAAAGACUGUACAGAUUCCAUAUCCAAAGGCAGGAGCUGUGAAUCCAACUGUAAAGUUCUUUGUUGUAAAUACAGACUCUCUCAGCUCAAUUACCAAUGCAACUUCCAUACAAAUCACUGCUCCUGCUUCUAUGUUGAUAGGGGAUCACUACUUGUGUGAUGUGACAUGGGCAACACAAGAAAGAAUUUCUUUACAGUGGCUGAGGAGGAUUCAGAACUAUUCAGUCAUGGAUAUUUGUGACUAUGAUGAGUCGAGUGGAAGAUGGAACUGCUUAGUGGCACGGCAACACAUUGAAAUGAGUACUACUGGCUGGAUUGGAAGAUUUAGGCCUUCAGAACCUCAUUUUACCGCUGAUGGUAAUAGUUUCUACAAGAUCAUCAGCAAUAAAGAAGGUUACAGACACAUUUGCUAUUUCCAAAUAGAUAAAAAAGACUGCACAUUUAUUACAAAAGGCUCCUGGGAAGUCAUUGGGAUAGAAGCUCUAACCAGCGAUUAUCUAUACUACAUUAGUAAUGAAUAUAAAGGAAUACCAGGGGGAAGGAACCUUUAUAAAAUUCAACUUAGUGACUAUACAAAAGUGACAUGCCUUAGUUGUGAACUGAAUCCAGAAAGAUGUCAGUACUAUUCUGUGUCAUUCAGUAAAGAGGCAAAAUUUUAUCAGCUGAGAUGUUCCGGUCCUGGUCUGCCCCUCUAUACUCUACACAGCAGCACGAAUGAUAAAGAGCUGAGAGUCCUGGAAGAUAAUUCAGCUUUGGAUAAAAUCCUGCAGAAUGUCCAGAUGCCCUCCAAAAAGCUGGACUUCAUUAUUUUGAAUGAAACGAAAUUUUGGUAUCAGAUGAUCUUGCCUCCCCAUUUUGAUAAAUCCAAGAAAUAUCCUCUACUACUAGAUGUGUAUGCAGGCCCGUGUAGUCAAAAAGCGGACGCUAUCUUCAGACUCAACUGGGCCACUUACCUUGCAAGCACAGAAAACAUUAUAGUAGCUAGCUUUGAUGGCAGAGGAAGUGGCUACCAAGGAGAUAAGAUCAUGCAUGCAAUCAACAGAAGACUGGGAACAUUUGAAGUUGAAGAUCAAAUUGAAGCAGCCAGACAAUUUUCAAAAAUGGGAUUUGUGGAUGACAAACGAAUUGCAAUUUGGGGCUGGUCAUAUGGAGGGUACGUAACCUCAAUGGUCCUGGGAUCGGGAAGCGGCGUGUUCAAGUGUGGAAUAGCCGUGGCGCCUGUAUCCCGGUGGGAGUACUAUGACUCAGUGUACACAGAACGUUACAUGGGUCUCCCAACUCCAGAAGACAACCUUGAUCAUUACAGGAAUUCAACAGUCAUGAGCAGAGCUGAAAAUUUUAAACAAGUUGAGUACCUCCUUAUUCAUGGAACAGCAGAUGAUAACGUUCACUUUCAGCAAUCAGCUCAGAUCUCCAAAGCCCUGGUCGAUGCUGGAGUGGAUUUCCAGGCAAUGUGGUAUACUGAUGAAGACCAUGGAAUCGCAAGCAGCACAGCACACCAGCAUAUAUAUACUCACAUGAGCCACUUUAUCAAACAGUGUUUCUCUUUACCUUAGCACCUCAAAACACCAUGCAUUUUAAAGCUUAUUAAAGUCAUUGUUUUCAUUAUAUCAAAACUGCUCUGUCAAGAUGAUGAUCUUAAAAAUAUACACUCAAAUCAAGAAACUCAAGGUUACCUUUGUUCCUAAAUUUCAUACCUAUAAUCUUAAGUAGGGACUUCUGUCUUCACAACAGAUUAUUUCCUUACAGAAGUUUGAAUUAUCCAGUCGGGCUUUAUUGUUUAAAAUCAUUUCCACAUCAGCUGCUGAAACAACAAAUAUGAAUUGUUUUUAUGGAAGCUUUUCCUAGGUUCCCUGAGCAGGAUUUUAAUCUUUUUCUAACGGGACUAGUUCAAAUGUUCUCUUCUUUAAAGGGACGAUAAGAUGUGGGCAGUGAUGUCACUAGGGUAGAACAGGAUAAGAGGGAUUAUGGAGAGAAGAUAGCGGGGCAUGGCUGGGAACCCAAGUCCAAGCAUACCAACACGAGCAGGCUACUGUCAGCUCCCCUCGGAGAAGAGCUGUUCACAGCCAGACUGGCACAGUUUUCUGAGAAAGACUAUUCAGUCUCAGGAAAUCAAAUAUGCAAAGCACUGACUUCUAAGUAAAACCACAGCAGUUGAAAAGACUCCAAAGAAAUGUAAGGGAAACUGCCAGCAAUGCAGGCCCCCAGGUGCCAGUUAUGGCUAUAGGUGCUACAAAAACACAGCAAGGGUGAUGGGAAAGCAUUGUAAAUGUGCUCUUUAAAAAAAUACUGAUGUUCCUAGUGAAAGAGGCAGCUUGAAACUGAGAUGUGAACACAUCAGCUUGCCCUGUUAAAAAAUGAAAAUAUUUGUAUUGCAAAUCUUAACUUGAAGGGAGUCCUUGCAUCAAUUUUUCUUAUCUCAUUUCUUUGAGUGUCUUAAUUAAAAGAAUAUUUUAACUUCCUUGGACUCAUUUUUAAAAAUGGAACAUAAAAUAGAAUGUUAUGUAUUAUUAUUCCCAUUCUACCUACUAUGGAAUCUCUCCUGGUCAUUUAAUAAAUGGGCCUUCAUUUUUUCAGAA